CUGACGGAUGUUCAGGCCACAAUGGAAGCUGGCAGUCCAGAAGAGGAGGACCGCCUGUCCGCCGUCCUGCAACUCCAGCAACAGCAUCGGCACCACGGCCAGCAGCCUCAACAAACAACCCACUUCGCCCACCAACUUCAUCGUCAACCCAACUUCGACUCGACCUACGACUAUCACGACCACGACUUCGAGACCGACGACGAUUUCGACCCUUACCGCCACCCCUCCGAUCCCUCCUCUCGCCGUACCAAUCCUCACAACUACGUCCCCACGAGCCCAGUAGCCACCGACUUCCACCUGCAGACCCAAACCUUGGAUGCCUCUGCCGCCAACACGGCUGGGGCUUUCGCUGUUGACGGUCAUGCUCACGGCGUCGUGAACCCGGAUGAUUUCUACCGAAGCUAUCGAGGUGUGCAGUCGGCAGAUUACCAUCAACGAACACCUUCAUCAGACAACGACUACAUGGCGACCUCAGUCUCUCGAGCCCGCGAUAACCCGUCCGUGCGGUCAAACGGCAAUGGCACUAACUCCAAGCACCCGCCUGCGCCGGCAGCCCGAGCUGCCCUGCGUCCCUCGCAGCGAUCUGCCUCUGCCCCAGUCGAACCCGCCGUCCCCGUCGCCGCCGCUGCACCUAGGUCGAACACGAACCGAAAACCGAGCGUCAAGGACUUGACCAAGAGAUUCGACCAGCAGCCUUCUUCCACCGCGGGACCACGAAUCCCCGUUCGUGGUGUUCCAUUACGGCCGAGCAGAACUGCGACGAAUGACAAGCCGACGCCUGGUGGGAACGGGUCAACAUCAUACUCUGCAUUAAGGACUUCAACGAAUCGGGAACUGACAUCCGACUCCAGUCGAGGAACCACUGCCCGGGGCACCCAGCGCACCAAAUUCGUCGCCGAGGACCAACUAUCAAACAACUCGCAAUCGUUCGCCAGCCGGAUUGCCAAACCGCGAAACUCGCCCACGCUCUCGGGCAACCCGCAGGCAUCGAAAUCAAUGACGAACCUCCAGCACAAGUCGCCGACGUUGUCGCCAUCUUCUCCGCGAGCGCCGGGUCUGUUGUUCGGCGAGAUACUGCCAGAUCAGCGUGACAAUUCAACCGCAGGCUUUGGCAUCGAGGGUUCAGGGUCGCGUCCGCGCAGGACAUCCGAGUCGAGUAUUCACGUGGCCAAGCUACAUCAACGCACAAAAUCUGAUCCAGAUCUCGAGCCGGCUUCCCCAACUGAUUGGUACCGCACCGCGGCCACAAAACCUAAUGGCACAACAGGGCGCCCUGCGCAAAAUGCGAGAAGUCACAUCCGGGCGCACAGCGAUGUCGCUACCUCCAAAACUGGCUCGCCAAUGAUACGCAAGGCGCUGCCGUCGCGUCCGACACCAGAAGCUCUGCAGGCUGACAGGGCUGCGUCACCUUCAUCGCGCCUCCCUGUCUCAGUCCGAAAACUAAACACUUCCAGCGAUUCGACGAGCCCACCUUCGACACGGGAAAGCUCUAGGGCCAAUUCUCCAUCGACAUUCAAGCGACCGCCUCCUCCUACAAGCAAGACACCGCGGACCACGACGCCGGUCACUCGCGCCAAGACGCCCACUCGAGCGAAGACACCGACGCAAGCGACGCCGGGACGCAAGCCUGCCCCACGCGGUCUCAUCACCCCGAACAAUAACACUCGUCUGACGGCCUACGUGGCAGCGCCCCCGCCCAAGCUGUCACCUCCCCUGCGCAGUUCUCGCCCUCGCCAGUCUGUAUCGACAGCAACGACUGCGAGUUCCCGCAUGAAGGCUGUUGAAAGGGCUAGGUCACCGCACAAAAAUGCGCCCAAGCAAUCCUCGAAGACGGAUGAGUCGACUAGACGGCGUAGGAUAUCUAGUGGACCUAUCGAUUUCGAGCAACGACGGGAGCACAUCCGCCUCGCGUAUACUAAGUCUAUCCGCGACAGUCAGGCUCGGGAUGCGAGACAAGCUGCUAAGCGCAGAAAGGAGCAACUAGAGGCGGCUGCCAAGGAGAAAGAACAAGCUCCCCCGGUGCCUCCUGUCACUACCGAGUGUCCGCAGGCCAAGGAUGAGGCUGUCUCUGAGAAGCCAAUUGAAACGAGCGAGUCCCCGGUGGACGCGGCCGUACAUGUAUCGGAGGACACCACGGCGGAUGUUUCUGAGAAUGCCCUCGUGGACUCGGAACAGCCGGCGCAACCUGACUUGCCAGAGCAGCCGGCUCAGCCAUUGACAAUUUCGACAGCAGUGCCACCUGUUGUCUACAUCGCACCGCCUCCUCCGCCUGCUGUGGACUCCCCCACGCUGGGUAUUCCGGGCAGUUUCCCCGCGCUCAGCCCUCCUAUAGAGAGGGAAGACAUUCCUCAGUCUGCCGUCUCAGUUGCGACCGAAACAACGGAAUUCGACAUCGAGCCGCAAACCCUCCCGCCCGUUCAGCUUGAACCGACACAUCCCCCAACAGGCCUAGGCCUAACGAUUGCUCAUGCUGAUGGAAAUCACGAGCCUGCUCAGAUCGAGGAGGUGCGGCGACCACCAACGCCUGAGAAGGCCGAAUACCAAUACCCGUUCGAGGAGGAACCGGUAGCCGACGAUACGGUCUCCAUCAAAAUCUCUUUGGACCCUACGUCUCCUCAGCAGUCGCCGGAGCCCACCCCGACAAAGACUGAGUUCGAUGAUCCCUCCAUUCCUGGUGCAUUCACUAGCUCUCGCCCACUCUCUGAAGACUACCAGCCGGCGCCUUUCUCGAGUCCUCCGUACGAGACAACGGUCAAGAUAUUGCGUCGGGAGUCCGAGUAUGAUUCGCCACGACAAGAUACCAUUCCAUUCCCAAGGAUGGAAUCUUACGAUGAUAUUGACAGCCAGAGCCAGCUUGACGAUGCGGAAGGAUCUGUCUGCGACGUGUCCUACUUCCCAGAACACGUGGAGAAGGAUAUGAGAAAAACCUCAAGCGACACACUUGAAAGGCCUGAGGACUUUUACAAUGAUCGACAGAAAGACAAUGACUCUUCCCAGCGAGCGUCAACCUGCGAGUCUUCUGACGCGCAAGAUGACCCUCACAAAACGAGCCUGGAAAGUCAACAAACGCCUGACACUUCCCACAGCUUGAUGGUUCCGUCUAUACAUCCAUCUGCGAAUCGGGUUAGCCAGCAAUCCGCAUGGACAGAUUUCUCGGUCGAUAGCAACGAACCUCCUGACCAUCGGAUCUCGGCUUUCAACGAUGUUUUGCCGAUUCCCAAGCCGCCAUACCUGACUGAUUCCAUGUACGCCUCUGGUUCCAGCAGGGACUCCUCGGCUCGUCAGAGCGAGCAUUACAGCUCCGACUUUUCGCCUUUGGACACUGGCAACACUCAGCCCAUGGAGGAGCCAGUAGACGUUCAGCCAGCAGAUGUUCAGCCAUCAGGCCGCGCGCAUAUUCACCAACUGCCUGAACUAGACACCGGAGAGGGCUUUUCUGUCCCCUACCCAGAUGCGAGUUACCCUUGGCCCCAAAAGGAACGCAAGGAACGCAAGUCUGUACCGCGUCCGGAACACGAGCCACCUCCUGUGCCAUCAGCCAAGUCGGGAUAUGAAGGGCGACGGACAGCGGUUAGCAGCUACUAUGCCGAUACCCUUCCCGGAAGUACCAUCGUGGGCUCUCGCCGUCCGAGUGAAGAUGCGUCACGCCCUGUGUCAACGCCACAUUCCAUCGAUCACAUGUCGAUAGAGACCAAGGAUCAAUCCCUCAGCGGUCAGACCCCGGUAGAUUCAGUAUCGACACCCCUUCGAGAGAAAGAUGGCCCUACUGGAAAAGAAAGGCAUCGUCUUGUUCAACGACGGAAUGUCAUCAAGGAACUCAUCGACACCGAAAUGGUAUUCGUGAGAGACAUGAACAUCGUGGAAGAAAUCUACAAGGGCACUGCUGAGGCUUGCCCGAGACUUGACGACAAGACCAUCAAGCUCAUCUUCCGAAACACCGAUGAAAUCAUUAGCUUUCAUACACUGUUCUUGACGCAGCUUAAGGAUGCUGUGGUUUCAGUCUAUGUUCCUCACGGGCGUCGGUCACCUCUGCCGAAAGAAGACUCGAUAGCGCCCGAUCAGACAGGAAACUCUUCAACUAGCUCCGCCGCACCUGAGCUGGACGAUGACAGAGAUCGAGCCACCGCAAUCGGACCCGUUUUCAAGAAGUACAUUGAGCAGAUGAGAGUGGCGCACGAAGGCUUCUUGAGGAACAGCGACCACGCCGCGAAGCGCUUGAUCCAGAUCCAACAAGACCCGACGGUGAAGGUCUGGUUGAACGAGUGCAAUGAAGUGGCUAAGGACCUCACUGCAGCCUGGGACCUGGAUUCUCUUCUCAUCAAGCCGAUGCAGCGCAUCACAAAGUAUCCGACUUUGAUCAUGACACUGCUCCAGCACACCCCUCAAGACCACCCCGACCGAGCGGAGCUGAUUUCGGCCAAAGAGGUUCUGGAGUUGGCCAUCAUCGAGAUAAACAAGACGAAGAAGAACUUUGAGCUCGUCGGACAGAUCGUUGGUCGCAAGAGGAAGGAGUCUGAUGUCAAGGCUGGUUUCGCUCGAGCUUUCGGCAAGAGAGUGGACAAGCUGCAGGCUGCCAGCUCAAGGAUCCCCGAGGACGCCGUCUACGCAAAGCUACACGAGAAGUUCGGUGACGAUUACCUCCGACUCCAGGUUGUUCUCAGAGAUGUAGAAUUCUACACGCGGCAGGUCAGCGCCUACGUCCACGAGUUUCUGCAAUACUUGUCCUCUAUGGAGCUUGUCAUGAGACUCCAACCAGGCAGCUACCCCGAGUUGGAGAGCAAGUGGGUGCAAUUCAACGUGUCAAUGAGGGACAUUGAGAAAGUUGCACUGGAAGAGCAUCUUCAGCAAGUUAGAAAGCAUGUGAUCGAACCGUUCGAGCAUGUUAUCAAGGCUUAUGGCAACCCCUCACUGGCAAUGAAGAAGCGGGCGAAGCGUCGCUUAGACUACGAGAGAUCGGAGCAACUCAAGAAAGGCGGCAAGACGGUAGACGCUAGACUUAAGGAGUUGGUGGAACAGUACGAUGCCCUCAACGAAACCUUGAAGAAGGAGUUGCCGCAGCUGUCUGCUCUGACUGAGAAGAUUGGCAACAUCUGCCUUGGUAACUUUGUCAACAUUCAGGCGAACUGGUACUCGAUCUGGGUUGAAAAGGUCAAGAAGGUCACCGGAGAGAUGGGUCCGCCACCCGAGGUCGCAGACAUUGUUGCGACAUUUCAGCGCGACUACAAGUACGCCCAGGAGAUGUUUACAAACAUUGGGAUCUUGAACCCGGCAUACAAGGGCAGAACGUCUCAGUCAACCACAGCAAGCACGGAUGACGUUACUCUCACAUCAAAAUUGCGAACCCGCCCUACAGAGCUCUCCCCACGAGGCAGAGGACUGUCGGUAAAUGGCGACCACGCGCCUAUGCUGCCUACUCCAGAUUUCGCCAAGCGCCACAGUGGACAGUUUACUCUCUCGCCAUCAGCCGCGCCUCUCAGCCCACACCAGUUCUAUUACCGGGACUACUAUACUGGUGCCAAUGGACAGCGUCCUUCCGUAACAGCAUCACCUGAACUAGCAAGAGCCAUGAUUCAAAUGGGCUUCCUCGACAGAGCUCUGAGUCUACAGUGCACUCUAACCCUUCACACCAACCCCAGUAUCCAGGUGGAGGGUCAAAGAUCUUCAAGGGCAUCAUCUCGCGAGCGGACACCUGCAGGCAAUGGGUAUAAUGUGCUCUGGCUGGCAGCUUCAUUGUUCGAGUUCAACAUUGAGACUACAAAGCACGAGGCUGGGUACCCAUACCUUACGUACCAAGCUGGAGAGAUCUUUGAUGUCAUUGCUGAGAAGGGUGAGCUAUGGCUUGCCAAGAACCAAGAUGACCCUGACGACCAAGUUGGUUGGAUUUGGUCAAAGCACUUUGCAAAGUUGGCCGAUUCAUAG